CUCAUACUGGAUUCGAAUAUCUGCGGGGAGCGCCGUCGCCGAGGGUCUGAGCCACUGCCGUCCAUGCGGGCUGUGUCAACGACACCGGCAGACCCAAAGGGGUCUCGGGAGGGCUCUGCUGACAGCGACGAGGAAUGGGGUCCGUCACAGUGUGUGAGGCAGUCCCAGAAGCAGAGCGACUCCACUCCCAUAGACAGUGGCUCCGAGGGCAUCCCUGAGCCGGUUGUGAAGGAGGAGAUAAAGAUUGAAGUCACUUCACCAAGGGUUGAGCGGCCGUCGUCUCCCUCGGGGUCGGACGACGAUCCUUUGUCGGACCGCGCUCUGCAGUCUCUGGUGAAGGAGGAAGAGUUCCUGUGUCGGUCGCCGUCACCGUCUGAGGACUUCAUCGGGUUCACUGAGGUGGACCGGGACAGUGCUUGGUUCAUCUCCAAUGGAAAAAUGAAUCUGUUGCCAGAUGUUUCGUCGGACAGUCAAGACUUUGUUGAAGUUUUUGUUGGGGGAGGGCUCAUCAAGAGUCAAAGUCUCGUCAUAAACUACCGGGACGUGGAUGGUCUUGAUGAUAGUAACGUAUUUUGUGACGUGUGUUCCCGCGAUUUUGACGGAGAAUGUCCCGUCCAUGGCCCGCUGGAGGUCAUACCCGAUGCCAAGGCACGACCCGGUAUCGGAGAUGCCGAAAGAGAUGUCAAGACUCUGCCGCCUUCUCUCAGCUCUGGUCAGUCAAGAAAUCCAGCGUCUGGCACCGGAGUUUUUGCGGAUAAUGAUCUUCCUGUGCGCCAAAGACUUGGUCCUUACGAGGGCAUCUUGACCACCGAGCAGGGUCAGGCUCGAACCACCGGGUACAGAUGGCAGAUGAAGAAGGGUGAGCGUGUGCAUCACACGGUGAAUGCCGAAGACCCGAGCUGCAGCAACUGGCUCAGAAGGGUCAACUGUGCCCGCUCGGAGGAAGAACAAAACCUAGUGGCCUUCCAGUACCGGGGUCAGAUAUACUUCAGGACGUCAAAGCCCAUCCCGAAAGGUUCAGAGCUGCUGGUGUACUACGAAGACGACUCGGCCCGGGAGCUGACCGUCCACUCGGAGACGUCUGGGGAGUCUGUGACUUCCUCUCCGGCCGGACCGUCAUGCUCAGGCAUCAGUGGCUCGGUCUAAUGUCCCCACUGCGACUUCAGAUGUCUGGAACAGCAACGUCUGGAUAGACACGUGAAGAGAUGUCACGGUCACAUCGGCAGGAACGGCAGAUUCAAGUGCAAAUGGUGUCAGUACUCGACCGACCACUCCUCCCAUAUAAAAUACCACCGUAGGACCCACACGGGGGAGCGGCCACAUCGCUGCUCCGUCUGCACGGCACGGUUCACUCGACGGUCAACGCUCACGAGACACAUGCUUACCCACACUGGAGAGCGGCCGCACCGCUGUGAUAUCUGCACAGCGCGGUUUACUGAACAGUCAAACCUCAGCACUUACAUGCGGACCCACACUGGGGAGCGGCCAUACGGCUGUUCUAUCUGCACGGCACGGUUCGCUCUUCGAUCAAGCCUCACCAAACACAUGCAAACCCACACUGGGGAGCUGCCAUAUGGCUGCUCCAUCUGCACGGCACGGUUCGCUGAACGGACAAGCCUCACCAGACACAUACGGACUCAUACGGGAGAGUGGCCGUACGGUUGUUCACACUGCCAUGCCCGAUUCGCUGAACGGUCAAACCUCACUACACACAUGAGGACCCACACGGGAGAGCGGCCGUACGGCUACUCCGUCUGCACGGCACGAUUCUCUGAACGGACAAGCCUCACCAGACACAUACGGACUCAUACGGGGAGCGGCCGUACGGCUGCUCACACUGCCAUGCCCGAUUCGCUGAACGGGCAAACCUCACUACACACAUGAGGACCCACACUGGGGAGCGGCCGUACGGCUGCUCCGUCUGCACGGCACGAUUCGCUAAACGGUCAGAUCUCACCAGACACAUGCAAACCCACACUGGGGAGCGGCAGCACGGCUGCUCUAUCUGCCCGGCACGGUUUAGUCGCAUAUCAGAUCUCACCACACACCUGCGUACCCACACUAGGGAGCGGCUUUUCCGGUGCUCUGUCUGCACGGCACGUUUCGUUCAAUAGUCAAACCUGACUACGCAUAUGCAGACCCACACGAAGGACGGCCCACACGUAACUAUGACCGGUGUGUUAAAUGGUUUGAAUGGCGGGAUGACCGGUGUGUUAAAUGGUUUGAAUGGCGGGAUGGAAAGCUGAAACGUGUCGACAAGUGCAUGAGCAUGACCGGCUGCUGUUGUGUUUUAGCUGUAAUUGUCGUUAGUCAGCUUGGUGGCUGCCCGUGUCACGUCUGGUCUCUUUGUGUUUACACAGGGUGAAUCAGUAAUUGUGUUAAAACUGGCCCCUACACAUAGGAGGUAAGGAGUGUUGCUGUUUGGCAUAGUGCCGUAACGCUAUAAUUUGCGAAGAAUAGCUCGGUACGUUAAGAAAUAACGUCUCUUUUUGUGGCCGCAACUCACACCGCAUUCGCAGCAUUUCCUAUGAUCUGCGCAGUCUUUGUCUACAAGGGGUAGACCGAAAGUAGCUUGUCGUGAUAUCUAAAUCUUGCAACCCAAUCCUAUACCAGUGUGGCGUCUGUUACGUACGAGUACGACUUGCGAACCGUAUGUGCUCCUACAUCGGGGAGUCGAUGCUUCUUGUCUUGUCUAUACGGCAGACCAUGUGCCGCCGAGGGGUCUUAUAAAAAUGAUUGUUCGAGAAGAAUGUACUGAGAACCCAGUUUUGUUCAACUAUAGCUACUAUGUGUGCUUUAGUAUUUUGGUGUUGAUCUAUUUUGUACAAUCAUCAAUUUUGCCAUCUGCGAAUAAAUGACUCUCAUCAUU